AUGGUGCAUGGCGUCUGGGAAGAUGAUGGAGCCGGCCAUGCCCUGGUCCCCCCGCCCGGCCCAGAGGGCCCGCAGCUGCCCCCCUGCCGCCCUGCGGGGGCGGGGCUCUCGGUGGCGCUCACGGUCAUCCCCCAGGCGCUGGCCUACGCGGAGGUGGCUGGACUCCCUCCCCAGUACGGCCUCUACUCUGCCUUCGUGGGGUGCUUCGUAUACUUCUUCCUGGGCACCUCCCGCGACGUGACUCUGGGCCCCACGGCCGUCAUGUCUCUCCUGGUCUCCUCCUACACCUUCCGUGAGCCUGCCUACGCCGUGCUGCUCGCCUUCCUGUCCGGCUGCGUCCAGCUCGCCAUGCGGUUCCUGUGCCUGGGGUUCCUGCUGGACUUCAUCUCCUGCCCCGUCAUCAAAGGUUUCACCUCUGCCGCUGCCAUCACCAUUGGCGUCGGGCAGAUCAAGAACCUGCUGGGACUGCAGCGCAUCCCCAGACAGUUCUUCCUGCAGCUGUACCACACCUUUCGCAGCCUCGGGGAGACCAGGGUGGGCGAUGCCGUGCUGGGGCUGGUCUGCCUGCUGCUGCUGCUGCUGCGGCUGAUGCGGGCCCACGCGCCCCCCGUGCACCCCGACAUGCCCCCCGGAGUGCGGCUCAGCCUCGGGCUGGUCUGGACAGCCACGACCGCCCGCAAUGCCCUGGUGGUCUCCGGCGCCGCCCUGAUGGCCUACUCCUGCGACGUGGCUGGGCACCGGCCCUUCGUCCUCACCGGGGAGGUGGUGCAGGGGCUCCCUGCGGUGCGGCCCCCCCACUUCUCAGUGACCACAGCCAACGGGACGGUCUCCUUCACCCAGAUGGUCCAGGACAUGGGGGCCGGGCUGGCCGUGGUGCCGCUGAUGGGGCUGCUGGAGAGCAUCGCCGUGGCCAAGGCCUUCGCGUCUCAGAAUAACUACCGCAUCGACGCCAACCAGGAGCUGCUGUCCAUCGGCCUGACCAACAUUCUGGGCUCCUUCUUCUCUUCCUUCCCGGUCACCGGCAGCUUCGGACGGACGGCCGUGAAUGCCCAGUCGGGGGUGUGCACCCCUGCGGGGGGCCUGGUGACAGGGGUUCUGGUGCUGCUGUCGCUGGGCUACCUGACCUCGCUCUUCUACUACAUCCCCAAGGCCGCGCUGGCGGCCGUCAUCAUCAUGGCCGUGGCCCCGCUGCUGGACACCGGGAUCGCCCGCACGCUGUGGCGCGUGAGGAGGCUGGACCUGCUGCCCCUGAGCGUGACCUUCCUGCUCUGCUUCUGGGAGGUGCAGUACGGCGUCCUGGCGGGCACGCUGGUGUCCCUGCUGGUCCUGCUGCGCUCCGUGGCCAGGCCCGGCCUGCAGGCACCUUCAAAUAUUUGUUAUCCUCUUUUUUUAUGGGUUGCUGGCGGCCUGCACUUCCCCGCUGUUGAGGCCCUGCGCGAGGCCGUGACGAGCCGGGCCCUGGGAGCGUCCCCACCGCGCUGCGCGGUCCUGGAGUGCAGCCACGUCUGCAGCCUUGACUACACGGUGGUGCUGGGGCUCCGGGAGCUGCUGGAGGACUUCCGGCGGCAGGGCCUCACCCUUGCCCUCGUCGGCCUGCAGGAGCCCGUGCUCCACGUCCUGCUGUCCGCUGACCUGAAUGUCCAGCACUUCCCCAGCCUGGAGGAGGCAGAGAAAUACCUGAGUCAGGAGCCGGGCUCCCAGCCCCACAGCUUCAGCGAAGACUCUGUCCCGAAGCCCUCGCUGCCCUGCUGAAGGCCGGAGCGCCCGAGGGCAGGGCGGCCGAAGGUUCUCCUGCGAGGCCGGACGCUGCGCUGGCCGGAGGGUCUGAGGAAGCCGGAGCGGACCUGGAGGAAGGACAUGGCCCCACUGGUUCCCCCCGGGACGAUGGAAGCUUGACCUCUUACCGACCUGGGGCAGAGCCCUUGUUUGGAGAGUGGUUUGGAGAGAGACUUCUAGAAAGACAGACCCCAGGGUGUCAGCCUGGGCCAGGAAGGGUCCCCACAGCACAGCCCCUUCCUGGCUUGGGGGGCGGGUGGGGCACAUCUCCUGGGGGUGCUGUUCCCCGCCCCCCUUCAGCCCCGGCCCCCUGCCGUUCUGGGAGGAACAAGGUGUGCCAAUGGCCUCCUGUCUGCUGAAGGGCGGUGCGGCUGCACAGUGUAUUUUCACUGUAGUUGUUAAUCCUCAUGUGAAGGUAUUUUUCCAUUGAUUUUUAGAGCAAGUGAAAGGGAAGGGGAGAGA